GGGGGGGGGGGGGGAAGAGUGUCAAGAUGGCGGCGGCUGAGGAGGAGGAGGUCUCGCUGCCGCCGCCACCGCUGGUGCCACCGACGCCGCCGAGGAAUUGCAGGAUGAGGCCGUUUCCUGGAGACUUGGUCGCCCAGCACUCUUGAUCCCACAACUUUGCAAAAAACACCCACGACAAUGUCCAGCUCAAGCUACCCUCCCAACCAGGGUGCGUUCAGCACGGAGCAGGGCCGAUACCCGGCGCAUUCGGUCCAGUAUACCUUUCCCAGUGGCCGGCACCAGCAGGAGUUUGCGGUCCCGGAUUUCCGCACGUCUCACUUGGAAGUCGGCCAGGGUAGCCAACUUCUGCAGCAGCAGCAGCAGCAGCAGCUCCGCCGCCGGCCCUCUUUGCUCUCCGAAUUUCAUCCUGGCUCAGACCGGCCUCAGGAGAGGAGAUCGGGCUACGAGUCCCAGUUCCACGCUGGCCCUUCCCAAGCCGACCACGAUGCGCUGGACUCCAAGCGGCCACGCCUGGACCAGGUUUCGGACUCUCAUUACCAGCGGGUCAGUGCCACUGCGGUCCUGCCCUUGGCCCACCAGCUCCAGGAAGGGCUGCGCUCAUCGGACCUGAAGAAGGAGUCCAUCUUCGGAGGCAAGCAUGAAGGCCCUCCGUCGCCCAUGUCGAGCCAGUCGUGCGGAGAGGACCAGAACGCCUCUCCCUCCAAGCUGUCGAAGGAAGAGCUCAUCCAGAGCAUGGACCGGGUCGACCGGGAGAUCGCGAAAGUGGAGCAGCAGAUCCUCAAACUGAAGAAAAAGCAGCAACAGCUGGAGGAAGAAGCGGCUAAACCGCCUGAACCGGAGAAGCCCGUCUCCCCUCCGCCGGUGGAGCAGAAACACCGCAGCAUCGUCCAGAUCAUCUACGAUGAGAAUCGGGUAACGCUUCCUCCCUUCGUCCCUUGCUUAGUCUUGCUGAGAACUUUUGGGGGGAAGGAAGACCUCGUUCGGUCUUGA